AUGAGUAUUCUUAUGAAUGGAGCAAACGGUGAAACACUAAAUGAUUUGAAACAAUUCCUUCGAUACAAAAAUUUGUCUAAAGAAGUGAGCGAUGAAACCAUUAACAGAGGAUUUGAAGUAGUGUUGAAACUGAUGGUACAGAAAAAAAUCGUACAGAUGAAGAGACACUACCAGGUUUAUUAUCAGAUUAUGAAUGUCAUUCACAGCAAAGAUCUGCAACUAUUGGACACUUUUCUCAAUACUACAAAAGUGUAUUAUAAGGGAGACAUACAAUCGGCUGAUUUUGUCAACAAUGGAGUAAUAGAGACGGAAAGAGUGAAUGAAUGGAUUCGCUAUUGGUCAGAGAAGUUCUGGGAAGAGUCGACUCAAAAAUUGGAUUUUUAUAACAAUGGAAAUUAUGCCAUAAAAGUGGACAUAAUGUUUGUGAAGAAAAUUAAUUCACAAAAUCUAAGACAAGCCGUAAAUUCUUUACAUUUCUCCGGAGAAGUGAAGUUAUAUUUGCCUAAAUUUAAAGUCGAAAAGACUUAUGACUUAAUGAAAGAGAUUAAUCCCAAACCAAUAGCACUGACAUUUGGGGCAAACUAUUCACGUCUGAAUCGAGAUUUUGAUCAAAAAGUGGCCGAAAUUAUACACAAGACUUAUAUAUCAGUGGACGAAAAGGGAACCGAAGCCGCGGCCGUCACAGCCAUAGAAAUGACCAAUUUAUCGGCAACACAUUAUUCAAAAACUAUUACAUUUAGAGUCGAUCACCCCUUCAUGUACUUUAUUAUGGAUAAAACCAAUGGACUACACCUGAACAGAGCCGUAGUGUUAUUAAAGUGGGAUAAGUGUUGA